CAUUUUAUGGGGGGAAACUAUAUUAUUCAACAAAGGAUAGAAGUCAGUCAGUUGCUGGGGGUCUUUUUUAGUCAUUUAACAGACAUUUAUUGAGCAACUACUCUGUUCCAGUGUCCAGCAAGGGACACUGGAGCUAGAGCAAAACAGCAUGGUCCCUACACUCUUGGGGUUCACAUUCUGUUUUCCAGUGAGGAUCCAGUGACUGUCCCCUCCCCCUGCCCCUCACGGAAGAGGUACUUUUAAGGAAUUAUAGAAUCCUGGGUUCAAAUCUCAGCUUUGUCACUAGCUAGCUGUGGGACCUCAGGCAAGUUACUUAACUUCUCUGAGCCUUGGAGAUCUCAUCUAUUCAAAAGAAGCUUUGAAGGUCUUUGGAGCAGGGUUGGUCAGAGGAGUAGUGGGCAAGGGGGUGGCGGGGAGUUGCAAGCUGGCCUGGCACAGAGUAGGUGACACUGACUUGGGACUGUGAGAGCAGGGAGGAUGCUGCCCUGUCCUUCAGAAGGUCUGACUGUCUGUUCUGGCCUUUGCUGUACCUCCCAGCCCCAGGCUGCAGCUGGGGUAGCCUCAGUUCAGAGUGAUAAUCCACAGCUACGUUCAAACCCCAGCUCUGUGCUAGGCUCCAAGAGCACUGGAUUCUGUGUAAGGGAACCUGUUGCCUCCUCGUGAUGGCCUGGACAGCUGAAGAAUUGCCAGCUCCAUUUUAGAGAUGGAGAAACUGAGACUCAGCCAAGGUCCUGAGAUGCCCCUUGGGAGGGGGGAUGUCUCUGCCUGAAGGGCUGCCCUCCCCACACUAGUCACUAGGGGGCGCCAGGGGCUUGGCAGAACUGGGUCUCACUGGCCUUCAUCCUGGUUCUCAGCGCCCCUCCCUGCAGACACCCCAGUGCUGGGAAAGCAGGGAGCAGUGUGGCCCCAAGGGCCCUUCCCUGCUGGGAAGAGAAAGCAUUCCUCAGGCCUGGGAGGAGGAGAGGGGCAAGGGGGACUAGAGGCCUCCGGGGUUUUUCUUGCUCUAUGAGGACUAGGCUUAGGUUCUGCCUCUGCUCUGCUCUCUGCCCCUCUUCCUGUACCUGUCUCCUUUCUCCCUCUGUGGAUUUCUCGUUUGUCUCUGUGUCUCAGUGAGUCUAAUUUUUUCCAUACACUAGUUGUGUGUGUCUGUCUCUGCAUGUGUCUGUCCAUUUUGCUUGUCUCUGUCUUAUCUUUGUUUCUCUAUUUACGUCUCUGCCCCCCACCCUGCCACUGUCUGUUUCUUUAUGUUUUCUGCCUCUAUAUCUUCUGGUUUCUGGCUGUGUCCUGCUCAGUUUCACAUCCUGUCCCUCCCCAGCCGCCAUCCCCCAGCAAACGUGGGCUGAGGGUCUCUGUCCCUUCCCUCCCACCUCCUCACCCCUGGCAGGUGCUCAGCUUCCCAGUCCUGGCCUCUCCUGCCCGCCUCUCCCAGGCCUUGGGGGAGUGGGCUGAGGGAGGAAGGGAGGGCAGCCUGGCGGGCCCACCCCUUUUUGCCUUUCCAGGCUGGGAGGCUGGGCCAGUGGGCCUUUUAAGCAGCCUGGGCUGGCUGUUCCGGACACCAGCCCUGGACGCCGUGCCUGGCCCCUCUGUUCCCGGCAGCCCGGCCAGCAUGCAGCAGCAGCAGCCCCCGCCUGGGCCCCGGGCCCCCGCCACCGAGCCGACCAAGCCUCCCUACAGCUACAUAGCCCUCAUUGCCAUGGCCAUCCAGAGCUCGCCCGGGCAGCGGGCCACCCUCAGUGGCAUCUACCACUAUAUCAUGGGCCGCUUCGCCUUCUACCGCCACAACCGGCCUGGCUGGCAGAACAGCAUCCGCCACAACCUGUCACUCAACGAGUGCUUUGUCAAGGUGCCCCGUGAUGACCGCAAGCCAGGCAAGGGCAGCUACUGGACACUGGACCCCGACUGCCAUGACAUGUUCGAGCACGGCAGCUUCCUGCGCCGCCGCCGCAGAUUCACCCGGCGGACAGGUGCUGAGGGGACCAAGGGCCCUGCCAAGGCACGCCGCGGACCCCUCAGAGCCACCAGUCAGGACCCAAGGGUCCCCAACUCCACGACCGGCAAGCAGUGCCCAUUCCUGCCAGAGCUGCCAGACCCCAAGGGCCCAAGCUUUGGGGGUCUGGUGGGGGCCUUACCAGCCAGCAUGUGCCCGGAAACUACCGAUGCCAGGCCUCGGCCGCCCACGGAGCCCAAAGAGACUUCCAUGCCCAAGCCUGCAGGCCCAGGGGAGCUCCCCGAGGCCACCUCGUCUUCCCCAUGCCCAGUGUUCGGCUUUCCUCCUGCCUUCUCUCAGGCCGACAGUUUUAACAAGGCCCCUGCACCUGCCUUGACCCCAGAGCCAGGCACCGCAAGCAGCUACCAGUGCCGGCUGCAGGCGCUGAAUUUCUGCGUGGGGGCUGACCCAGGCCUUGAGCACCUCCUGGCCUCGACAGCCCCCUCCCCUGCACCACCUACCACUCCAGCCUCACUCCGAGCCCCACUGCCCCUGCCGGCUGACCCCAAGGAACCCUGGGUUGCAGGUGGCUUUCCUGUCCAGGGAGGCUCUGGCUACCAACUGGGGCUGACCCCCUGCUUAUACCGGACACCAGGAAUGUUCUUCUUUGAGUGAAGGCAGCCUCGCCUCGGGCAGUCCCUGCAGGGGCCCUGCCAACUGCACCCUCCAGGUUGAGCUUGGCUUUGGACCUGGAGAGCUCUCGAAGGAUCCAGCCCUGGCAAGCCAAGGACAACCAGGACAGACAGCCAGGAGCGAAGCCAAGCGCCAGCAGAGCGUUCAGCCAGGCCCCGGGGUCUCUGCACACACCUGGGGGUGAGGGGAAGUGGGGUCCCCUUGGGAGUGACUCUGUGGCUCUCAGGGCCAAUAAAGGCAAUGCAAUGAUGAG